AUGGAUGCCUGCAACACCUGUCAAGAAGAUCAUUAUCCUAAUAAGGAACAAAAUCAAUGCAUACCUAAGAUAUUUUCCUUCCUGUCUUAUGAGGAACCCUUGGGAAUGGGGUUAGCCAUUUCUGCAUAUUUCUUUGUUUUCAUCACAGUUUGGAUUUUAUGGAUUUUUAUAAAGUAUCGCAACACUCCUAUUGUCAAAGCCAACAACAGGAGCCUCACUUAUAUCCUCUUAACUUUUCUUCUCCUCUGCUUCCUAUCUUCAUCACUCUUUAUUGGCAAACCGCAUAAGCUGACUUGUCUCUUCCGCCAAAUGGCUUUUGGAAUCAUCUUUUCAGUGGCUGUUUCAUGUGUGCUAUCAAAAAAUGUUACUGUGAUUGUGGCUUUCCUUGCCACCCAACCAGGAUCUAGAAUGAGAAAGUGGAUGGGGAAAAAAGUAGCCAAUGCUAUAAUUCUUUUCUGUUCUUCUAUUCAAGUAGGCAUAUGCCUUAUCUGGUUGGCUACUACUCCCCCUUUUCCUGAUGUUGAUAUGCAUUCAAUGGCUGAAGAAAUUGUGUUAGGGUGUAAUGAAGGGUCAACUGCCAUGUUCUAUUGUGUUUUAGGUUACAUGGGUUUCCUGGCUUUUGUGAGUUUCCUUGUGGCAUUCUUUGCAAGGAAGUUACCUGACAGCUUCAAUGAAGCCAAGUUCAUAACCUUCAGCAUGUUGGCCUUUUGCAGUGUUUGGAUAUCCUUUAUUCCUACAUACUUGAGUACUAAGGGAAAAUACAUGGUGGUGGUAGAAAUCUUCUCUAUAUUGGCUUCCACUGCUGGACUGCUGUUUUGCAUCUUUUCCCCCAAAUGCUACAUUAUUUUGCUGCGGCCAGAACUAAACAAAAGAAAUGAAGUAAUAAAACGAAAAAGAUAA